CUGUGUCCAUUGUCGAUGCACAUUCAGCAGCAGCAGCAGAAGCAGCAGUGUUUUGUGGAAAGAAAAAAAUUAAAUAUUUUCAGUUUGUAGUCUACACAGCGAGGUUUAAAAGUGAAAAAGAACGAUUCCAAUACGACGGGAAACUAAAUUUUAUUAGAAAUCCAAAGAAAUUCAAUUGUAAACGACUAGACUUGAAGUGAGCGAGUGAGUGAGUGAUUGAAAUUAUGACAGCUGAAGUGGAAAUCUAUGCCAAAAAAGAACCCCAUCUCCGUUCGCUGAAACAGUCAGGACAUGUGGGUUUCGACAGCUUGCCGGAUCAAUUGGUAAAUAAGUCAGUGCAAAACGGCUUCGUCUUCAAUGUUAUGUGUAUUGGUGAAACGGGUUUGGGCAAAUCCACAAUGAUGGAUACCCUGUUCAACACCAGCUUCGAGUCCACACCCAGUUCCCAUACCCUGCCCAAUGUGAAAUUGAAAGCGCACACGUACGAGCUGCAGGAAAGCAAUGUACGCUUGAAGUUGACAAUUUGCGACACCGUGGGCUAUGGCGAUCAAAUCAACAAGGAUGACUCAUUCAAGGCAGUUGUGGACUAUAUCGAUGCUCAAUUUGAGGCUUAUCUACAGGAAGAGCUGAAAAUCAAACGUUCUCUGGUAGGUUGCCAUGAUUCACGUAUCCAUGUGUGUUUGUAUUUCAUAUGCCCCACUGGGCAUGGUCUGAAGAGUUUGGAUUUGGUGUGCAUGAAAAAGCUGGACAGUAAGGUGAACAUAAUUCCCAUCAUUGCCAAGGCCGAUACCAUUUCCAAGGCAGAGUUGCAAAGAUUCAAGUCGAAAAUAAUGCAAGAAUUGGCCAAUAAUGGGGUGCACAUCUAUCAAUUCCCCACCGAUGAUGAGACUGUGGCCGAGACGAAUCAGGCCAUGAAUGAUCAUGUCCCUUUUGCCGUGGUUGGCUCUACGGAAUUCAUUAAGGUGGGCAACAAAUUGAUUCGGGCCCGCCAAUAUCCCUGGGGCACGGUGCAGGUGGAGAAUGAAACGCACUGUGACUUUGUCAAGUUGCGGGAAAUGUUGAUACGCACCAACAUGGAAGAUAUGCGCGAAAAGACCCAUACCAAACACUAUGAGCUGUAUCGCCAGAAGCGGCUCGAAGAAAUGGGUUUCUCCGAUGUCGAUUCGGAUAACAAACCGAUUUCGUUUCAACAAACCUUUGAGGCGAAACGUUCAAAUCAUUUGGCUGAAUUGCAGGCCAAAGAGGAGGAGGUACGUCAAAUGUUUGUGCAGCGUGUGAAGGAAAAGGAGGCAGAGCUAAAGGAAUCCGAAAAGGAAUUGCAUGCCAAGUUUGAGAAACUCAAGCGUGAUCAUGCCGAAGAGAAGCGAAAGUUGGAAGAGUCACGUAAGAAAUUGGAGGAGGAUUUCCUUGAGUUUACCAGGCGCAAGGCCCAGUUGGCCACAUCACACCACACCCUGACAUUGGGUAAAAGCAAAAAGAAGUAAGAAGUGAAAUUCAUGGAAUUCACGGAAAUUUAAGCAAAAGAAAAAGAAUAACUACAACAACGCCAACACCAAAACAAACAAACAAAUGAAGAAAUUCCAUUAACAAAGCAAAGCAGCCAGCCAGCCAAUGAUUGCAGCACAACAACA